CGCCCCACAAUAGCCCGCGUUUGGCUGCUGCAAAAGGUAGGCUGAGGGCUGGACCGCGGCGAGGCGAUGACACUUCGGAAACACCUGCCUAGUGCACGCCGCGUCCCGCCCCCGUCCUUCUUGGUGUAGAAAAUGGUGCUGACGGGGGAUGGGGCCGCUGGGUGUGGGGCCGAGGCGGCCGUGGGAGGUCCGGGAGGGGCUGGGUAGCGUCGGGUGUGCGCGGAGCGCUCGGCUGCAGCAGCCCCGGCUGCCUCCCACCCCGGCCCUCUGCAGGUGUGCAGGUCUAAGUGUCGCGGCGGCGCACUCUCGGCGAGAAUCGGGAGGAGGAGGAGACUGCAAGGAUAGGCCCAGGAGCAAUGGCGUCCAAAGAGGAACAAGCAGUAAAAAAUCUCAACGUGGACAAUGCCAAACAGGAAAAUGAAAAAAAGGAUGAAAAGGAGCAAGUUGCUAAUAAAGGAGAGCCCUUGGCUCUCCCUUUGGAAGCUGGUGAAUAUUCUGUGCCUAGAGUAAAUCGUAGGCGGCUCCGUGUUAGGCAGCCCGUCCUGCAGUAUAGGUGGGACAUGAUUCAGAGGCUUGGAGAACCACAGGCAAGGAUGAGAGAAGAGAAUAUGGAAAGGAUUGGGGAGGAGAUGAGACAGCUGAUGGAAAAGCUGAGGGAAAAGCAAUUCAGUCAUAGUCUGCGGGCAGUUAGCACUGACCCUCCUCACCAUGACCAUCAUGAUGAGUUUUGCCUUAUGCCUUGAAUCCUGAUGCUUAACCUGAAGUUAAUAGGAAGACACACCUGCUUCCUAAACUUAAUGUUCUCAGUGUACCUUUGUUGUAAACCUAUUGGUGUUAUAUGUCUCUUGUGGGUCUCCUACAGCCAGCUUCUAAUUAAAUGUAUUUUGACCCAAAAUGUAAGAUUCUGUCAGCAGGGGAGUUUUACCCUAUUGCAUGGCAAGAUGUUCAUUAUAUAUUGUGAAGUUAAUAAAGCGGUUUAAAAGACA